AUGACUUCGUACAUAAGAAAAUACGUUACAGCACUCGCAUCAGCUAAAAGUUAUGUUGCUCAAUGGUCAGCAGAUCAUGUUUAUGCUGAUAAAGCACUUAUUGUACCGUUUCCAACAUUAGCUAUAUUUGAUCCCAAAAAGCAAACGUGGUUAAUACAUAUCAAAGCAUGGUUAUAUUUUCCCUUUGAAGGCAAAAAAAUCAAAGGUUAUUUAUCAUCAUUACCAAAUAUUUUAGCUAGUAAAACUGAAGAAAAAACCGAUGAUUCUACUACUAAAGAUAAUAAAAAAAUGGAUAGAGAAAAAAACUUAAAUGUUUUUGUUGAUACCGAAGAAAAUAAAGAUAUAAAAAAACAAGAUAAAUCAAUCGAUGAUGAAGAUGAAAAUGAUGAUAUAUAUGAAGAUGCUUUGCGUUUAUUUUUUGUUGGAAGAUCUGUUGAAGUUAUAACUAAAUCUAUAAUUAAUGAUGUUGAACAUUUACUUAAACCAUCAGAUGAAAGUGGUUUUGUUGAACAAGAACUUGAAUUAUCUGAUGAAGAAAUUCAAUCACUUGCAAAAAAAUUUCAUCCAGAAUCAAAUGAUCGAAAAUUUGAAUAUGAAAUUCGAAUAGAUGAAUCUAAACACAAUAUUAAAUCAGAAAAUGAUAAAACAUUUAAAUGUACUAUAUAUGUUCUUGCAUCUUAUGGAAUUAGUAUUAUAUCAGAUAUUGAUGAUACAAUAAAAAUUUCCAAAGUUCUUAAUAAACGAUCAUUAUUAAAACAUACAUUUUAUAGUGAUUUUAAACCUGUUGAUGAUAUGAGUGAACUUUAUCAAAAAUGGAAUGAACAAAAUUGUCAAUUUCAUUAUGUUAGUGCAAGUCCAUGGCAAUUAUUUCCAGCACUUAGUUGCUUUUUAGAAAAAUAUAAAUAUCCAAUGGGUACAAUAAAUUUAAGAAAAUUUGAAUGGAGUUUACAAUUUUUAAAUCCAACUGAAAAAUAUAAAAUAGAAAUAAUUACACAAAUAAUUAAUGCUUAUCCUUUAAGAAUAUAUAUUUGUGUUGGAGAUUCAGGAGAAUUUGAUCCAGAAAUUUAUUCAGAAUUAUACAAGAAGUUUCCUCAGAAUAUUGCUCAUAUAUUUAUUCGGGAUAUAUGUCAAACACCUGAAUGUUUAUCAACGUGUCAAGAACGAUAUGUAAAAGCAUUUAAAGAUGUAUCAAAACAACGAUGGACUGUGUUCAAAGAUCCUAAAAAAAUCGAAACAAAUAUUGAAAAAAUACUUAUAUUAUAA